AUGGCAGAAACAGGGGCCAGAAGUCAACAACCGACGGAUAACCAAAAUCCUGUUCUAUCUUCAGCAUCAUCCACCAAAAAUGACUCGGUUCCUGAAGAGUUCGCCUUGGGAAGACGGGGUAUCUUGGUCUUCUCUACUCUGUCUAUCCUCGCUUUGAUGGCCGCCUUAGAUGGCACAUCGCUUUCCGUCGCGUUGCCUAUCAUCUCACAAAAGCUAAAAGGAACGGCAAUUGAGGCAUUCUGGAGCGGAACUGCUUUUCUACUUUCCUCGACUGUUUUCCAACCAAGUUUUGCUUCUUUCUCCAACAUCUUUGGUCGACGACCGCUAGUUCUGACGGCUAUCUUGCUGUUCUUCGUGGGCACCGUGGUGGCAGCCGUAUCCAAAAACUUCACAUACAUGCUCGUGGGUCGAUCAAUUCAAGGCGUCGGAGGUGGUGGAAUCCUCGCUCUGAGUGAAGUUAUUGUCACGGAUCUCGUACCACUCAGACUUCGGGGACAGUAUUUCGGAAUUUUGUCUGCCAUGUGGAGUGUGGGUUCAGUGACUGGACCUAUACUGGGAGGAGGGUUCUCACAAGAUGUAACCUGGCGUUGGAUAUUCUAUAUCAACUUCCCUUUCAUUGGGGUUGGGGUGGUGUUUGUACUUCUCUUUCUCAAGCUCAACAUUAUCCCAAGCUCUCUGGCAGAGAAACUCCGUCGCAUUGAUUAUGUUGGCACGACGCUAUUCGUGGGCAGCAUAUCUUCCUUCCUGAUUCCUCUAACGUGGGGUGGUGUUCUGUAUGAUUGGGACUCGUGGCGUACACUCGUCCCUCUGAUUAUCGGCGCCGUCGGCCUCAUUGUCUUUGGGCUUUAUGAAUAUUUCAUCGCAGCUGAUCCCAUCAUUCCUCCCAAGAUAUUCCAGAACCGGACAGCAACUGUCACAUUCAUCGGCAGUCUUCUACAAGGAUUGGUCCUUUGGUGUGUUCUAUACUACCUCCCGUUGUACUACCAAGCCGUGAAGGAGUAUAGUCCCAUCCUUUCCGGUGUUGCCCUGUUCCCUGAGAGUCUCACAGUAGCCCCCAGCGCGAUGGUGGUUGGCUUCCUAUGCACGAAAUUCGGCCGAUACCGAUGGGCCAUCUGGGCGGGCUGGGCCUUGUCGACAUUAGGGCUGGGGUUGAUCUGUCUGAUCAAACCGGACAGCAGCGUGCCGGCUUGGAUAUUUCUCAACCUCGUCCCCGGACUAGGACUAGGAUUUCUUUUCCCCUCAUUGGGCUUUGCCGUACAAGCCUCCGCAACCAAUGACAAUCUCGCAAUCGCAGUGGCUAUGUUUAGCUUCUUCCGUGCUCUAGGCCAGGCUGUCGGGGUUGCGAUUGGCGGUGUGGUAUUCCAGAACCGCAUGUACGCCAACCUGCUCAAGUACCCAACUCUGGCGCCCAUGGCAGACCCAUACAGUCAGGAUGCAGCUGGUCUAGUGCAGAUUAUCAAGGCUACGCCGUGGGGUAUUGAGAAGAUGCAGCUCAAGGAAGCGUACACGGACAGUCUCCGGAUUGUCUGGGCGGUCUGCUGCGCUGUGUCCGGGGUUGCAUUCUUGCUGAGCUUUUGGACUGAAAGAUAUGAUUUGAAUCAGGCUUUGGAAAGCAAACAGGGUCUUCGCAGUGAGACCAUUCCUGAUGAAGAAGGAUUGAAAUGA